AUGGCUUCGCGCAUCGGAUGGUUCCCGGGCCACAUGGCCAAAGCCACACGGGAGCUGCAGCGCGUGCUGAAGCAGGUUGACUGCGUGCUGGAGGUCAGAGAUGCGAGGCUGCCCUUCUCCUCAGCAAACCCAGAUCUGGCCCGCCUCAUUGCAGAAAAGCGCCGCAUCAUAAUUCUUAACAAAUCAGACUUGGCAAAUCCCAAGUGCAGCCAGGCGGCGCUGCGGAGACUCAAUGGCGGCGUCGGCGGCCAAGCAGGCAUCACCAGCAACAGCACAGAUAGCAGCAGCAGCAGCAGCAGCAGCAGCAGCAGCAGCAGCAGCAGCAGUGAAAGCAGCAGCAGUAGCAGCAGCAGCGACAGCAACAGCAGCAUAGGCAGCACAGCUGGUAUCGGCGGAGGCGGGGGCGUCAGUGCUGUGUCGGCGGCGGCGCCGGCGCUCCUGACCUGUGCCCACCAGUCAAAAUCUCUGAUGGCCACCGCGCUGGGCUGGCUACCGGCCGAGGGGCGCGGCUCAGAGAUGGCGCUUAUGAUGGUGGCAGGGACGCCCAACACAGGGAAGAGCCGGCUGAUCAACGCCAUGAAACUCGUGUCGAAGGGCCAAGGCGCGCUUCAGGGGGUGGGGCAAUGUCUCUGGGUGGGGGCGCAUCCCUCAGGCCGCCCCGCCGACGCCGCGGGCCUGCCCGCAAACGCGCCCCCCGCCUCGUUCGGCGCGUCGCCGACCGCCCUGCGCGCAGGCGGGCUGUCCGGGAAGCAGGCGUACAACCGGCGCGCCGUCGCUGGCGACAUGCCGGGGCUGACGAGGCGGGUGCAGGCUUUCCAGGUGUCUGCCGAUCGCGAGGUGUACGUGCUCGACACGCCCGGCGUCAUGGCGCAGAGGGUGGCCAGCAUCGAGGAGGGCCUGAAGCUCUCGCUCGCAGGCAUCAUAAAAGACAGCAUUGCAGGAGAGGACCGGAUCGUUGCGUUCUUGAUCGAGCUGCUGCGCCGCUGCGAGCGCCACAGGCACACCCUGCAGGCGGUCGCCCGCAACCUGGCCGCCGGCAGCGGCGGCGCCGGCGAGGCCUCCGCGGCCGGCGGGCGCCAGCGGCAGCGGCGGCAGCAGGCGCCGGGCGAGGGCGCCGCUGCGGGCGGGGCGGCGCAUCAGCGGAGGGUCGCGCGGAUCGCGGGCGCGCUCCUGAAAGCCGUGGCCGCGGAUCUGCCGCCCGCGCAGUGGCACCCCGGCUCGGAGGACGGAGAGGAGGGGCCGGCGGGCGCGGCGCAGGGGCUGGGGUCGGAGGCGCGGCGGCGGCUGGAGCUGCUGCUUGCAGGGAUGGGCCUCCCAGAUGACGGCGGGCGGGACGCUGAGCGGCGGCGUGCGGCGUGCAUGCAGGCGGCAGCGCGCCUCGCGGGCGAGCGCGGCGCUAGGGCCGCGCGCUCGCUGCGGCAUAAUCUGGAUGCGCUAGAGGAUGCUGUGGCGGCAAACUGCGAGCAGGGGCAGCGGCAGCUGAAGAGGCUGGUGGGCCUGCUCAUACAGCUCCAGGCAGCGGUGACAUCAGCACCUGAGUCAUCAGCAGCCUCCCCGCUGCAGCUGCGUCCACCCCACAAAGCAGCGGCGCCUCGUGGCAGCGGAGGCACCCGGGCAGCGGGCGCCGCGCCGCCGCGUGGCGGCGGCGGCGCGGGCGGCCGCCGCGCGCUGCAGCUGCUGGCGGAGGCAUUCGCGGCGACGGCGGGCGUCGGGAAGCUGCUGGCGCCGCCGGUGGUGGGGCGGGACCCCACCACUUUGCGGACCGAGGGGGCCGGACGGGGCUCCGCGGUAAGUCAAGAGGCAGCCGGCCUCAGCACAUGGGACGAUCCCUCCCAAUCGGACGCAGCUCCUCGGGAGGACAGCGGCGGCGGCGGCGGCGGCGGCGGUGCUGCUGAGUACGCCGCCGCGUUCCACCUGCGCGCUGAGGUGGCGCUCCUCAGGUCGCGGCUGGAGGACGCCCGGUUCGAAGCCGCAGAGAUGGGCCGCCGCGCCUGCCACCUCCAGGCGCGCCUGGAGGCGGCCCGGGGCGCCAGCGCCGCCGUCGAGUCCGGCGGCGCCGCGGCGGGCGAGGUGGCAGCGGGCGGCGCGUGGGGGGCGGAGGCGGCGGCGCGGGCGGCGGCAGAGGCGGCGGAGGCGGCGGCGAAGCAGGCGGAGGCGCUGGCGGCGCUAUCGGAGGCGCGGGCCGAUGCGGACGAGGCAAGGCAGGAGGCGGACGAGCUGCGGCGGGCACACGCCGCCGCGCGGGCGGCUGCCGAGGCGCUGCGGCGCCGCAACGCCGCGCUGCAGCGCGCUCUGCGGGAGAGGGAGUCCGAGCUGGAGCAGUCCAGUAUUUCACUCGACACUCUGCAGUCCGCCCUCGCGGGCGAGCUCCAGGACUGCCUCCGCCUGGUCUCAGCCCGCCCCACGCACGCCGCACCCGGCUGCGCCGACGGAGGCGGCGGCGCGUGCGGCUCGCCGGGCGCCGCAUCGCCGCUCAGGGUGCAGCGGCCGUUCGCGGCCGCGGCGCCGGCCGCCGGGGCGUGGAGCCCGCAGCAGCACCGGUUCGCGACGGGGUCGCCGGGGCCGGGUGGGCGCGCUGCGCAGCCUCGCGCGCUGUUUGAAACGUAUGGUGGUGGCGGCGGCGGCGGCGGCACGGGCGGUGGCGGGGGCGCAGCGGCGAGCGCGCAUAGGGGGGACUUGGCGGCGCUCGACUCUGAGAUUCUGGCGGCCGAGCGGCGGCUGCAGCAGGCAGCAGAGCGGCUCGGCGUCAGGGGCGGCGGGGGCCGCUGA